AUGUAUGAGGAAACGAACCCUAUGAUUGAUGACCUUUCGCGCCGCUGCUCUCUUCCUUCUUUGAAAUCUGCUACUUCUGGCAUGACGGGCCCAGAUCUGGGCGGGGAGCGCCGGUUGCCUCCUCUGCCGCGCGUGGAACCGCUGCCUAGAGGCCCUUUCAACCCCUUCCACGUCAAGGAGGCGUUUACCCCAAGCACGCCGGGGCCCCAGGACUCGUUCCAGCUCAAGUCUCCCUGGACUAGCGCCGAGUCUGUGGUUGCACCGCCGUCGCCAGCCAACUCGGCAGAGAGCUCGUGGCAGGAGUCGUUCGCGGUGCAGAAGGCGGCAUCGGCCGACUGGCCAACAGACCUGUCACAAACGGAAAUCAUGACGCUGAUUGCGCCGCAAAACCUCAACCGCAAGGCGCCCCUGCAGCAGCUUUGCGGCCGCAAGCGCAAGGGCAGCGCCAUCUCCCCGGACCCAGACGACCAGCGCGAGAAGCACCGCAUUGCUGAGGGCAACCGGCGCAAGAACCUCAGCCAGCUGCACCGCGAGCUGGACAGCCGCGUGCACGACUUCUUCUUGGAGCGCGCUGGCUGGAACCCGUCCAAGAGCCUGCCGCAGUCCAAGGAGCACAUUGUGCAGGGCGCCGUCUACCUGAUCGACUUCAUGCUGGCCAUCAUCGUCCACCUCAUCCGCCAGGAACAGCAGGUCUCGCCUCAGCUCUCUGAGAAACUGCAGCCGCAGUUCCGCUGCAUGCAGCUUCAGCAACUGGUCGGCUCGCUCCAGCAACAGAACCAGACCUCGCAGCAGCAGCUCAAGGCUGCCCAGGCUGAGAACGAGCUGCUGGCGGACCGCAACCGCGCCCUCGAGUUCCAGCUCAAGUCCUACGAGCAGAUGUUCCGUUCUCCCAAGACUGAGAGCGCCAGUCCCCAGCCUCUGGUCGACGUGCCUGACCACAAGCGCCAGAAAAAGGCUCUCCCGGGUCUCCGAGUGUUCUGUGACGAGAUCGCCACCAACAUGCCCGCACCCCAUGAGUCUCUGCCUAGCGCCACCUCGCAGUCCUUUAGCAGCUCCUAUCUCAGUGCUACUCCCACGACGGGGCCGCCCUCGCCUGCUUUCCCUCCGUCGCUUUCUUCCUCGUUCACUUUCUCGGCCCCGCGCCGCCAAUCCUUGAUGGCGUCGCCAUGA